AUGAGUGAUUACUUCUUAGGGUUUGAUUUAUCUACUCAACAGUUAAAAAUUAUUGUCGCUGACGAAAAGCUAAAUCAUUUGGACACUUUUCAUGUUGAGUUCGAUGAAGUUUUCAAAAAUAAGUAUGGGGUCGAAAAGGGGGUAUAUAUCAAUGGUGAAGAGGUUCUAAGUCCCGUUGCUAUGUGGUUGGAUUCGAUUGAUUAUGUUCUUGGUCAAAUGAAGGAGAAAGGUUUUGAUUUCAGCAAAGUUAGGGGUAUAAGUGGAUCGGGGCAACAACAUGGCUCAGUGUACUGGUCUGAAAGUGCUCCGAAACUUUUAUCAAAUUUGAAUUCUAGUCAGGAUCUUGCUAGUCAAUUGAAUGAUGCAUUGGCAAUUCCAACUUCACCAAACUGGCAAGAUCAUUCCACAGGUAAAGAGAUCAAAGACUUUGAAAAGGUUGCAGGAGGCGCAGACAAGUUGGCUGAACUUACGGGCUCAAGGGCUCAUUAUAGAUUCACUGGCUUGCAAAUCAGAAAAAUUGCAACACGAAAGGAUCCUGAAAACUACAAAAAGACUUUUAGAAUAUCAUUGGUUUCUAGCUUUGUUGCCAGUAUUUUAUUAGGAAAAAUAGCGAAUAUUGAACAAGCCGAGGCAUGUGGGAUGAACCUUUAUGAUAUUUCCGAAGGGAAGUUUGAUGAGCAUCUCUUGGCAGUUGCUGCGGGUACGCAUCUGAGUUUAGAUAACGUUUCCGAGGCUGAAUCAUUGAAGGGAGUGACUCAGUUAAAGAAAAAGCUUGGAGAUAUUAAACCAAUUUCAUAUCAGAGCCUGGGUAACAUAUCUUCUUAUUUCGUCGAAAAAUAUGGUUUCAACAAAGAUACUAGGAUAUAUUCCUUUACAGGUGAUAAUUUGGCCACUAUAAUAUCUCUUCCAUUACAACCGAAUGACUGUUUGAUUUCAUUGGGCACAUCUACUACUGUUCUAAUUGUAACAAAAAAUUUCAAGCCAUCUUCUCAGUAUCAUCUCUUUGAUCAUCCUACUAUGCCAGGGCACUACAUGGGCAUGAUCUGCUAUUGUAAUGGUGCCUUAGCGAGAGAGAAUGUACGGAAUGAAUUAAACAAAAAGCUUAAUCUUCCGAAAAACUCAUGGGAUAAAUUUGAUGAAAUCUUAGAUAAGUCAUCGGAAUUCAACGAGAGUCUAGGAAUAUACUUUCCUCUUGGCGAAAUAGUACCAAAUGCAUCAGCGCAAAUCAAAAGAUCAAGGGUAGAUGAGAAUGGUAACGUUGUUGAUGUGAAAAAGUGGGAUGUUGAAAAUGACGUCACUUCGAUUGUGGAGUCCCAGUCGUUGAGCUGUCGUUUAAGAACAGGUCCAAUGUUGAGUGAAAACAAUAGUCUAACCUCUGGCCAUUCAAAGUCCGAGGCUAAACAUUUUCAAGACAUUUAUUCUCGAUUACAUGAACGAUUCGGUGAUCUCUAUACAGAUGGCAAGAAACAAACACUCGAGUCUUUGAUUGCUCGUCCAAAUAAAUGCUUCUAUGUCGGUGGUGCGUCUAAAAAUACUUCCAUCAUUAAAAAAAUGGGAUCAAUACUUGGUGCCCUUAAUGGAAACUUCAAAGUUGAAAUACCUAAUGCAUGUGCUCUUGGUGGUGCCUACAAAGCUAGUUGGAGUCGCAAGUGUGAAAAUGAAGGGCGAUGGAUAAAGUACGAAGACUAUAUUGAGAAUCUUUUUAACUAUAAGGAUUUUGACUCUUUUAAGGUCAAGGAUAAUUGGGAGAACUAUUUUGAUGGCGUUGGAUUGUUAGCAGAGAUGGAGUCGAAACUUAUACAUGAUUGA